AACUUUAAAUGAAGUCACCCACUGGUAGUUCAAAGACAACGUCUACAUCUUAUCGCCCCUUUUCAGCUUAGCAAGAACAAAAGGCCACAACCAGUCCAAUUAGUCACAUAGGAUGGGACAGGAUGACAUUUUUACUCCUCAGCUUCUCUGGUAUAAAAGGACCACUCAAGGAGGAUCUGACCAUCAGUGUGAGGAAUUUGGCAAUAAACCACCAAUCUGUGGAGAUUUCAACAAGUCCAGGUCCGAAAUGACCAGCUUGGUAAGAUUCAGUCUUCUCCUCGCUUUGUCAGUUUCUACGGUGCACGUGCUUUGGUGUUAUCCACUACCGUCUUCUCAGGUCGCCAGAAGACCAGACUGUUUCCUCCUGCUGCAGGGCAGCUGUCCCUCCAGGCUGGACGCGAGCCGAGGUCGAGGGCUGCUCAAGCCGCUCUUGGAGACGACGGCCGUGAGGAGGUCUUUCCGAAAUGGUGUGGGUGCAGGGACGAAAAAAACUUCCUUUCGAAGAGCCAAGUCAUGAAUACGUGUGCAAAGGACUCUGGGAAUUGAUCUGAAACUCUGUAGAGUGUAACUAA